CCCGCCUCGAGACAGAUCAGCUGCAAACACACGUAGUAGGCGGAGGCAAAGAGCCACACACACACACACACGCACUGGAGGAUCCCCAUCAGCUGUGGCUGCAACACAGCAAGGCAUUCCGAUUCUCUAUUUUCCUUUAACGCAGGAGCGCGAUUGUUUUUUAGGAUUUAAACUAUGCACCUAAACAGGGUGAAUAGGAAGCUUCUAUAAUCAACACCUCUUCUUAAAUAAGCGGUUCGUGGCGGGGAAAACAACACAGAUUUCUCAAGGGGGGCUUCGGAAGCAUGGAAUAUUUCAUGAUGCCGACAGAGAAGAUCCCUUCCUUACAGCAGUUCAAGAAAUCGGAGAAGGAUGUUAUCGGGGGGCUCUGUAGCCUGGCCAACAUUCCCCUCAGCCCAGAGACGGCUCAGGACCAGGAGAGGCGUAUUCGCCGUGAGAUCGCCAAUAGCAACGAGCGCCGGCGCAUGCAGAGCAUCAACGCCGGCUUCCAGUCCCUCAAGUCCCUCCUGCCCCACACGGACGGCGAGAAGCUCAGCAAGGCAGCCAUCCUGCAACAGACGUCGGACUACAUUUUCGCCCUGGAGCAGGAGAAGACCCAGCUGCUGCAACAGAACAACCAGCUGAAGCGGUUCAUCCAGGAGUUCAGCAGCUCGUCGCCCAAGAGGAGGCGAGCGGACGAGAAGGACGAGGGGAUUGGCUCCCCCGACGCUCAGGAGGAAGAAAAAGGGGAGGAGUUUCGGAGGGAGAUGCUGGAGCUACGGCAGCAGCUGGGCAAGGAGCGGUCAGCUCGCUUGCUGCUGGAGGAGCAGGUGCACACGCUAGGCAACCACCUGCACCCGGAGCGGCUGAAGGUCAUCACCCAGGAGCUGGAAGCCCAGGCCCAGCUGCAGAGCCAGACCCUGCUACGGCUGCAGCAGAUGCACGGGCAGACCACCGAGAACCACGCACACAGCCCCAAGAUCAAGGCCCCGCCCACCCCUCCAGCCCCCACCCACCACCCCACCGUCAUCGUCCCGGCCCCCACACUACUCCAGCACCCGCAUCAUCACGUCACCGUGGUAACGCUGAGCCCCAGCGCCCAGACCAGCACUGUGUCUACGUCCAGACAGAACCUGGACACCAUUGUGCAGGCCAUCCAGCACAUCGAACGCACCCAGGAGAGGAGGUGCAGCGUGGAGGAGGAGCAGAGGCGGGCGGUCAUCGUCAGCCCCGCCCACGUUGCCAUGGACACCACCUGCUCCGACACAGACACUGACACUGAGGGGGAGGAGCGCUCGAUGAACUGACCCGUGGCUUGCAUGCAAAAGCUGCAUUAGACGCGCGCGCACACAAACACGCGCCAACCGACACACACCAAACACACACAAACACACACACACACACACACACACACACUGUAGUUGCCUCUUGACGCGAACAAGUUAUUUUUUUUAGACGAUCCGUUAUCCCCCCCCCCCCCCACACACACUCACUGUUAAGUCACGUAUUUCCCUCGUACUGGAAACCAGGACAACUCCACUGUAAGCACCAGUGUCCUUCGGAAGACAAUUUCCUCGUUGACCAAUUCUAAUUUGUUUACACGGUUAACGAACCGGUUCCAGCGGCUAAAUGAGCCGCUAAGUAACCGGGAAGUGCAACUUCGCGAACCCAAUAAACGUAAGUUUGUGUUCGGAGGUGUUCCCUCUUUCCUGCACUGUUGCGAAGCUGCUUGAUGCUAGAGCAGAAAAAAAACCGUCAGCGAAACCAGUCGUCCUCCUCCAAAAAAAGAUACUUUUCAAUCCUCCGUCCUUUUUUGUUUCAUUUAAUAUCUCAUUUAAUAUCUCAUCACGUGCUACUUACAAUCGUGGCGUCAGCGCUGCCCGGCUCCAGUAUACUCAUUGACAGUAUUAUGUGUGUGCUGCAAAUGAAUAGACUCGACGGAGAGUUGAAUGUAAUACAGCUCGGGGCAGGCUGAGCCCCUAAGUGCUGAGGGUGCGUUCAGAGGGGUGCACUUAUUUCCCCCCUUCGUCUGGCCUCAUGUGUGCCACCCUGCUGGCUUAAGCUGCGAUAAAGUGGAUGAAGCUCAACAAAAAGAAAACUAGGAAUCAACGAUUCAUCUGAUGGACUCAAACCAAAUUGAUCCAUGUUUGAUCCUGUGUUUUGGAUGUAACGAGUAAGAUUAAGCUAAACCAUCAAUCAAGUCAAGAAGGGGCUUUUCCUUCUUUGUUUUGCAGUGUUACUGAAUGUAUGUGGCGGGAGUGUCUCGCUCUUUGACUUAAACAACUGACUUAGUGUAUAUUGUCGAUGCGAGACGCGGCCUUGGGCUAGAUAACUGGAAUGGUUAUUAAUCUUCAGAUUGCUUGUCAGAUAUUGUUCUCUAUAGAUACACACACACAGCUAUACACAUAAUCGAAGCUGGUUCAUCCAGAAAUCUGUCCCCUCUUCUGCUACAAAUAAUGACGUAUGUUAAGAACAUAAACAUACCAUACCCCCUGAACCAUUGAGAUUAAAAACGGGACGCAUUUAUUUGGAAUCUAACUAAAUCGGGUCCCAGGUUUUAUCGUUUAAACAAGGCCUCUUUAAAAAGCAUCGGCUGAGCAUCUCAGACAUGUUGGACCGUUGUGACUAUGCACUCGCUUUGGGCAUUUAUGCAAUUCCAUCUCCAGUGACUGUUUGAAAUGAGGAAGGGAUCAUCUAUGCACCGUUUCUAGACAUGUACUUACCAAGCAUCUCUUGCUUACAUCUUAGAAUGUAACGUUGUACCUUCUGUGUGCUCUGGGUCUAUAUAGUGCUUUUCGGAGCACUAAGGGAGACCCCCUAUUUGUUUAUCCUUACACUACCUAGUGCACUGGCAGGGAGGGUUAACGAAACUGAUGGUAACAUCUUCAUAUGUAGUCUUUUAUCGCUCUUGAGGAGGAGAUUAAUCUCGGCUUGAAUGUGCCAGAGCUGGAAAACAGUCAACCGUCUCUGGUGGGCAAACGCGCAGAGAGCCAAACCUACACCUAAAACUACAUUACGAAUCAAUUUAUUCCGUUUUGAAUUUGAGCCACGUCUAGGUAUCCUGGAAAACAAUGCAAACAAUGAAAAUAGGUAAAAAUGUGGUUGGUAAAAGAGGUGCUUUUAAUGGGUGGUGUGUGGACCUAUCGAAAGGGCACCGUUGAAUAGUUAUUGUUUUUAUUUGUGUCGUCUGCUCAGUGCACUGCACUGAAAAUGAGAUUGUUCCCCUUCCCCCCCGCCUGCAGACAGCAGACCCACUCCCCCCCCCCCCCUCCCCCUUAUAUCCUGCGUCUCUGUUGUCCAACUGGAAUCCCGCCCGGGGAAUGUGGCCAUGUAUCGCUCCUGUUUUCAUACGCUGACUUGAUGCUGUAAACAUUCCAUUUAUUUGAAUCUUUAUCGUUCUUUGUUUGGUCAUGUACGUCACGUUGCCGUGUGAACCUGUUUUCGGGGGGGGGGGGGGGGGGGUUACGUCAGUGGGUGCUCUAUAGGUCUGUCAUGGCUCAUUCCCCUGGAAGCCUGGGCUGCUUCCUUCCUACGUCUCCAUGUCUCACCAUCAACGUGUGGCCACCGGUCCAGCUAGGGGCCACAUUCACACCGGUUGGGGGGCCCUUCAUGCUUUUCUCUGUCAUACUAUAUACCCUUUUUCUUUAAAAACCACGAGAGGUGGGAGAUUCUAUGUACAUAUUUUAAGCGUAGCCUUAGCCGGUUUUAUAUCUUUAUUGGAGAGAUGUUCAAAUUUAACAGUCAGGGCUGAGGCUGGGGCGGCGACGGCUCCCUCUUAAUGUGUCUGUGUGUGGCAGCACUCCUCUCCUUUGGGCCAGAUACCAGAUGAUUGAUACGAAGCACUUGAUGUUUUAUGCUGCCCCAAUCAAGGAUACCGAAGGUGUUGUUUUUGCCAUUUCUAAAAAAAAAGAAAGAAAAAGAAGCAGUUCUUUUCCGUUACCAAACCUGAGCAGCUGUUGUUCUUUUGCUUUUUUUUUUAUCCUCCGAAAUGAGGAAACAUUUUAAUAUUUCUGAUUUAUUUUUGUUCACCUGUCCUGUUCCCUGAAAUGCUGUUAUAUUUUGUUUAUAAAAACCUGGAUAAACAGGCCUUAUGGAUGAAAAAAAAAAUGAAAUAAAAUUUGUACUUUUUUUCUAAAUAA